AUGAAGUUCUUCAACGUUAUCCUCGCUGGCCUUGCUGCCACUGUUACUGCCCAGCACGCCGACAAGUACAACUAUGAGAGACUUGUGAAGAAUGACACUCUCCUGCUCAUCGUUGAUAUCCAGGAGGGUCUCUACCAGCUCACCCGCGACUUUGAUCCCACCCUCUACAAGCAGCAGGCUCUUGCCCACGCCGCCCUCGGCAAGGCCUUUGACCUGCCUGUUGUCAUGACCACCUCUGCCGAUACCGGCCCCAACGGUCCUCUCAUGAAGGAAAUGAUCAACAUGUACCCCAACGCCCCCCUCGUCCAGCGCCAGGGCGAGGUCGAUGCCUGGGACAGCGAGGAGUUCCGCAAUGUUGUCCGCAGCUACGGCAAGUCCCAGAUCGUCCUCGCUGGUAUCACCACCGACGUCUGCACCACCUUCCUCGCUCUCUCUCUCCGCGCUGAGGGUUACUCCGUCUGGGCCAACGCCGAGGCUUCCGGUACCAACUCUGCUCUUGUCCGUGACAUCUCCAACGACCGCAUGGCCCGCGCUGGUGUCCAGAUUGUCAGCCUGUUCUCCAUCGUCUGCGACCUCAUGCGCGACUGGCGCUCCGUCCCUGGUGCCAAGGAGAUGAUCCCUUGGCUUGACACCUACUACCCUGUCUGGGGCACUCUUGCUCGUGCUCAUGCUGCUGCCGUCUCCAACGGUACCAUCGUCCCCGGCGAGGACACCCUCAUCUAA